CACAAAGUCUCGUUGGUUUGUGUGCGGAGGUGAAGGCAAGAUGUCGAAUACAUAGGGGGUAGGCCUAGAAUAAGUUUUAAAUAGCUAAGCGUUCUCCAGUUGCAAUAAUGGAUGAUGUUAGGUUUGAGUGGAUGCGUGAUAGGGUAUAUCAUGCCUUAAAUAUUGAUGACAACGAAGUGUUUGAGGAGCUCAUCAACCGUGAAGAUGGCGAGUUCGAACUUCAGCUUGCAAAGUUUCUCAACGAGACUCCAGAGGAGGGUAGAGCUGCUGCUAUAUUUUACAAAAGUAUAAGAGAAGAAGAAGUAGAGGUGGAAGAAGAAAUUGAACCCUCAGAAAUUGAUAUCAAUGAUGGAAAUGCUACAGAGGGAGAUGAUGCAGAAACAGUUGCAAGUACUCCAGCUCUAGAGAGCUCUGGUACUCCACUUCCAGAAACAUCUGAUACACCAGUCGAUGAUAAGGGAAAAAAAAAGAAGAAAAAGAAAUCAAAGAAAGACAAACUUGGGGCUGCAGGUAAAGGUGAAGAAGCCAAAUCGGAAGAAUCAAAGGUGGAGGAGAAUCCUGAAGAUUCUAGGCCAGCUACCAACAUCGAUCAAACUCCAGUUGAGCCUGGUGAAGAGGAAAAUGCAGACGGUGUACCUGCUGAAUCGAUUGAAAAAGUUCCUCAAACGAGGAUUGUUAUCAAGAAGGUCUAUACCACUGUACUGCAUAUAUCUUGUGGUCACGUACCCGAAGCAGUGGUUGAACAGGAAUGCGUCUAUUUUCUGCGUAAUACUCCAGGGAUGGUGGAGCUUCCAAAUACAAUCGAUGAAGCCAGUGAAAUGCUGCCCAAGUUUUUUGAAAUUGGUGUCCUUAACGGACACUCGCUGGUGAUGAUUGAACAAAUUAUUAGCCAGGUUUUUAUUCCACUAUUGUCAUUCAAUUCGCACAAGAAUAAUGAAGCACCAACGAACGGAGAGCAACAGGCGGCGCUCUCCUCCACGUCAAAUGAAGAUAUUGUGUCUGAAUCAGGUGACUCACCGAAGCAGGUAAACAUUCUGGAAUCUCACCAGAGGGCGCUUCUCCGUGAUGAAUUCCUCAUCAACAUGCAGAAGUUUGCCACUCAUAUAACCCGCACAAUCCAGCAGAUAGAUGGUGAAGUCCGAUUGGACAUACCAGAUCUGCCGAUAGAGGGCGAUGUCAAUGAACUUGUUAAAGAUGAUGAUCUAGUUGCACAGGUGCAAAACACAGCUGUUGAAUGGAAUAAACAGAUAUCUUCAGCUCUUGAGGCCCAACAAAAGAAAACACCGCAAGGACAUGGACCACUAGCCGAAAUAGAUUUCUGGCGCGAGAGGAACGCUGCCCUCAGUGCUUUAUCAGAACAAUUGAAACUCGGUCCCGUGAAAAAAAUGCUUGAGAUCUUACAGAAGAAAGACAUCCAGGGAGAUAACCAUGUGCUGCAAAGUUUUGAAGGACACAGAUCCGAUCUCAAUAAAUUUUACGUUGAAGCUAAGGAUAAUGUACGUUUUCUGAGCACCUUGGAGCGACAUUUUAAGAACAUCACACAUGGAGCAGGCUUCCAGAUAGUUCUUGACACGAUCCCACCAAUGAUGAAUGCGCUAAGGAUGGUGUGGAUUAUUUCUAGGCAUUACAACCGGGAUGAGAGGAUGAUACCACUAAUGGAGAGGAUUGCCUGGGAGUUGGCAGAGAGAGUCGCUAAGGUUAUCAAUAUUAGAACCAUUUUUAAGGAGACCCCACUGCAAAUAAAGGCUAGGACAUCUGAAGCGAAGAAGACUUUGGAGCUUUGGAAACAAUCAUACUUUGAAGUCCGUCAGAAAAUUGAAGCUUCUGGUCGUGACUCCAGAUGGGAGUUUGAUCGCAAAAGACUCUUUGAAAGAACAGACUACAUGGCUACCAUCUGUCAAGACAUAUACAAUGUUGCUCAGGUCUUAGAAGAGUUCUACAACAUCUUUGGCCCAGAGUUAAAAUCAGUCACUGGAGAUCCUAAAAGAAUUGAGGAUGUACUUAAACGAGUUGAUGGAUUAGUGGAACCUCUUGAAGAUGUUGGUUUCAACCCUUUUAGUCUGGAGGAGCCAGGCAAAUGGCGUAAGGUGAUGGACUGGUUUGAUAAAGAGGUUGCCGCCAUUGAAGAUGAAGCCAAGCACUUCAUCAAUGAGUCAUUCAAGACCCUUCGUUCAGCAGAAGGAGCUUUCGACAUGCUGCUUAACUUUCAGCAUAUUCGGUCACGGGAGGCCAUUAACUCGCAGAUGAUGAAGAAAUUCAAUGACAUCUUGUUGCAAUAUGGCAAGGAGGUUGAUACGGUGCAUGCCCUAUUCAAGCAGUACAAUAACAACCCACCUGUCUCCAAGAAUCAACCUCCGGUUGCUGGUGCUAUUGCCUGGGAGAGGUCCCUCUUCUAUCGUAUCAAGCACACCAUCAUUCGCUUCCAGUCAAUGGAGGAGAUGAUGUCCAGUGAAUAUGGCAAAGCAGCAAGAAGCAAGUACCUUGGUGUUGCAAGACAGAUGAAAGAGUAUGAAGACAAGAAGUAUGAGCAUUGGCGGGAGCAUGUCGAAAGCAUCUUACCUAGCCUACUGAAGAAGAACCUGCUUGCGAAGCCAUCGGAGACAGGUCAUCGACUGACAUCAACAUCAGGUGAUACCAGCCGUGAUAAUAACCAAGCAUUAGAAGUAAAGUUUGUGGUCGAUUUUGCUCCAGAAUUGUCUGAAAUCAUCACCGAGACUAAGCAUUUUGAACAGCUUGGAUUUUCUAUACCAGAGUUGGCUCGUAAUGUUGCCUUGCAGGAUGAUAAGUAUCUAAGAUGGAAUGAUGGUUUGAAACACAUGCUUGAUCGAUACCACGCCAUCAUCGGGUCACUUAAUAAUGCAGAGACGCAACUACUCGAGGAUCACAUGAAAGACCUGAGGCGCACCCUCAAACCAGGACACCGGCGUCUCAACUGGAACUCCCUCGGCAUAUCCGAUUUCAUCAUCAGGUGUAACCAGGCAAUCGCAAAGUUUGAGUCAUUAGUCAACCAGAUUCAGAAGAAUGCAAAGGAUAUCGAAUCAAGGCUGGAUGUCAUUGGAGAGGCAAACCUGUUCAGAGGGCCUCCAUCUAAGCCAGGCCAACUGCUGCCUAGCUGCAAAGAAUAUUUUGACCAUGUUGAACAAGAUCGCAGUCACAUCAUCGAGAACCUUGCUGUUAAAUACCGUGCAAUAGGCCCACUGCUGACCAAGAUGGAGGGCCUUGUGGUGCACACUAACACGGGCAGAUCUCCUCAGCUGCAGGCAUACUACCGGUAUUGGGAGAGGAGGGUGUAUGAUACACUAACAGAGCUCAUAAUGCGCAACCUGGGGGAAUUCAGUGAUGCAAUAUCCAGCGACACCUUGAUCUUUCAAAUUGAGGCAAUGCUCUCAGCUCCAGAGAUCAUCCUCACACCAGCCGUCAAUGAAAUCUACAAGCUCAGCAUGCAGUCUGUACGGGAGUGUGUAGACAUUUCAAAGAAUUUCAUACGCUGGAUGAACGGUACCUGUAUCGAGACUCCGCCGCAGACUGUGGAGGGGGAGGAUGAACCGUUUGUGUUCAGCUUCAGUAAGGAUAUUGGAGCUGACCCGAAUGUUCUUGAACUUGUUAUGAACAUCUCAGUGAACAUGCAGAAGACACUCACCUCCAUCAAUAAGUACCUCAGCAGGUGGAAGAGAUACAGACCACUUUGGAAGCUUGAAAAGAAUAUAAUGCUGGAUAAGUUUGCCCUGAAGAAGCCCUCAUGUGUACAGUAUGACGAGAAACUGCAAUUCUACAGUAACUUGGCAAAAGAGGUAAACACCCAACUGAUGAUCAAGGACCAAGAGUGCAUUCGCCUCAACCUUGCCCCUCUGGCCAGUACUGUUGAAGAGCAUGCCAAGAAGUGGGUAGAGUCCCUUGGCAAGCUGCUUAAUGAUUCUGCUAAAGAGGAGCUCUUUAACUUAAAGACAGAACUUGAGGCUUUGGCUUCUGACUUGAAAAAGUCACCAGAUACUCUCGAAGACCUCAAGUUUGUCCUGAAAAUCAUCGCUGACAUUAGAGCCAUGUCCCUGGAAGUGGAGCUCCGCAUCACUGACAUCAUAGAGCGGUAUCGGACACUAGGCAUGUACGACAUCUCAGUGACUGAAGAAGAGACAGAGCUGUGUGGCAGGAUCAUGCAGAUGUGGCACGACCUCUUUCUGGAGUCUAAACAUGUGGAUGCUAGUUUGAUAGUUGUCAAGAAAAAGUUUACAGAAAUAACACUUGAUCACAUUGGAGGAUUUGGCUCAGAACUUUCAAGCUUCCAGGAUAAAUUCAAAAUGGAAGGACCUGGAGCUGUUGGUAACGAUCUUGACAAAGGUCUUGAAUUGCUUGAGAAGUACAAGAAAGAGCUGGCAGCCUACGAUAAAGACAGGCAGGAGCUGGCCAAUGCUGAGAAGCUGUUUGAUCUUCCAAUCACGUCCUACCCAGAACUAAUACAGGUCCAGAAAGAGAUGAAUGGACUGGACCAAAUUUACACCAUCUACAAGGAACAAAAAGCUGCAAGGGAAGAAUGGUCACAGACAUUAUGGGCCAAUCUGAAUGUCAAUCACCUAGUCGAUGGAAUUGAUGGCUUCAUCAAAUCUCUCAAGAAACUUUCGAGAGAUGUCAAAAAUACACCGACAUCGCGUAUGGUGGAAGGCCGCAUGAAGGAGUUUAAAGAUUCCAUUCCAUUGUUUGUUGACCUAAAAAAUGAAGCCUUAAGAGAAAGGCAUUGGAAAGAAUUGAUGCAGAAGACAGGUAAAUCCUUUGACAUGAACCCUGAGACAUUCACCCUAGACAACCUUUUUGCAAUGGAGCUUCACAACUAUAAAGAUGUGAUAGCUGAUAUUGUGACCAGUGCCUCCAAGGAGUUAAGCAUAGAGAAGGGUAUCAAAGAAGUGAAUGACACGUGGGAUCAUAUGAAGUUCAAUGUCGUCGCAUACAUGAAGGGCACGCAUGAGCGAGGCAAGAUUCUUGGUGCGGUAGAUGACGUGAUGCAGAUUUUGGAUGACAAUGCCAUGAACCUUCAAAGUAUGUCAGCCUCCAGGUUCAUUGGACCAUUCCUCAGCACAGUGCAAACUUGGGAGAAGAGUCUCUCAUUGAUAGGAGAGGUUCUUGAGGUCUGGUUGGUGGUUCAGCGGAAGUGGAUGUAUCUGGAGAGCAUCUUCAUUGGUGGUGAUAUCAGAUCACAGUUACCAGAGGAAGCCAAGAAGUUUGACAGUAUUGAUAAGAUGUUCAAAAAGAUCAUGCAAGAGACUGCCAAUAACCCAAAGAUCAAGGAUGCCUGCCAUGCUACCAAUCGACUGCAGGAUCUGGAAAUGAUCAGUACUGGUCUUGAGAAAUGUCAGAAGAGCCUGAACGACUAUCUGGACUCCAAGAGGAAUGCCUUCCCUCGCUUCUUCUUCAUCUCUGACGAUGAACUGUUGUCUAUACUUGGAAGCAGUGAUCCAUCUUGUGUACAGGAACACAUGAUCAAGAUGUAUGACAACAUUGCAUCGCUGCAGUUUCAACAAGGCAACAACCGUGAAACGUUGGCUAUAGCAAUGAACUCGGCGGAAGGCGAGCAGAUGGUCUUCAGGCAGAACGUGCCUGCUGAGGGGCGUGUAGAAGACUGGAUGACUGGCGUCCUGGAAGAAAUGAGAAGGACAAACAGACUCAUCACCAAAGAGGCCAUCUUUAAAUACUGUGAUGGUAAAACAAGAGUAGAGUGGAUGUACAUGUACCAAGGUAUGGUAGUGCUGGCAGCUAACCAGGUGUGGUGGACGUGGGAGGUGGCGGAUGUAUUCAACAAAGUGAAACUGGGUGAUAAAAUGGCAAUGAAGAAUUACGCCAAGAGGAUGCAUAAACAGAUUGAUGAUCUAGUCGUUCAGGUGCGUUCACCAUUGUCUAAAAAUGAUCGAUCCAAGUUCAAUUCUGUGCUGAUUAUUGAUGUCCAUGCUAGAGAUAUCAUUGAUGGGUUUGUUAGGGACAGCAUUUUGAAUGAGCGCGAGUUUGAGUGGGAGAGUCAGUUGCGAUUUUUCUGGGAUCGUGAACCAGACGAGCUGAACAUCAGACAGUGUACGGGAACGUUCGGUUAUGGGUACGAAUACAUGGGCUUGAAUGGGCGUCUUGUCAUCACACCAUUAACUGACAGAAUCUACCUCACACUAACACAGGCCUUGUCGAUGCAACUUGGUGGUGCCCCAGCUGGUCCUGCAGGAACAGGUAAGACUGAGACAACCAAGGAUUUAGCCAAGGCUCUCGGUCUCCUCUGUGUUGUCACCAACUGUGGGGAGGGCAUGGAUUAUAAGGCUGUAGGAAAAAUCUUCUCUGGUCUCGCUCAGUGCGGUGCCUGGGGUUGCUUUGAUGAGUUCAACCGUAUUGAUGUUUCUGUCCUGUCUGUCAUCUCGUCACAGAUUCAGACCAUUAGAAAUGCUCUUAUUCACAACCUCAAGAAAUUCCAUUUUGAAGGUGCUGAGAUCACCAUGGACAAUCGUAUGGGUAUCUUCAUCACGAUGAACCCUGGCUAUGCUGGAAGGACAGAGCUUCCGGAGUCAGUGAAAGCCCUUUUCAGACCUGUUGUUGUCAUCGUACCAGAUCUGAAUCAAAUUUGUGAGAUCAUGUUGUUUUCUGAGGGAUUCCUUCUUGCAAAGGUUCUAGCCAAGAAAAUGACCGUCCUCUACAAGCUAGCAAAGGAACAGUUAUCCAAGCAGUACCAUUAUGAUUUCGGUCUGCGAGCCCUCAAGUCUGUGCUCGUCAUGGCAGGAGAGUUGAAGAGAGGUUCUCCAGAUUUGCCAGAGGAUGUGGUGCUAAUGCGAGCCCUUCGUGAUAUGAAUUUACCCAAGUUUGUGUUUGAAGAUGUACCGCUCUUCCUUGGGUUAAUCUCGGAUCUUUUCCCAGGGUUAGACUGCCCUCGUGUGCGCUAUCCGAAUUUCAAUGAUGCUGUAGAACAAGUGCUAGAGGAAAACAACUAUGUGCUGCUGCCUGAUCAGGUUGAUAAAGUUGUGCAGAUGUAUGAGACGAUGCUGACGAGGCAUACCACUAUGAUAGUGGGUCCAACAGGUGGAGGCAAGUCAGUUGUUAUCAACACCUUAGCACAGUCACAAACGAAACUUGGACUAGCCACCAAAAUCUACAUCAUGAACCCAAAGGCUAUGACAGUCAUUGAGCUUUACGGUAUCUUAGAUCCGGUGACCCGUGACUGGACCGAUGGCCUGCUGUCCAACAUCUUCCGAGAUAUCAACAAACCAACGGACAAGAAUGAACGCAAGUACAUCCUGUUUGACGGAGAUGUUGAUGCCCUCUGGGUUGAGAACAUGAACUCUGUGAUGGACGACAACAGAUUGCUGACUUUGGCAAAUGGAGAGAGAAUCCGUCUUCAAAAACACUGUGCUCUAUUGUUUGAGGUGUCUGAUCUACAGUAUGCAUCUCCAGCCACAGUAUCUCGCUGUGGUAUGGUUUACGUUGACCCCAAGAACCUUGGCUACAACCCUUACUGGACCAAGUGGGUGAACAGUCGUACCAACAAGAAAGAACAGGAGGACUUAAUGAGGUUAUUCAACAAGUAUGUUCCUCCAGCCUUAGACAUGAUCGUAGAGGGCGUUGUGGAUGGCAAGCAGGGGGAAAAGCUGAAGACAAUUGUGCCAUUAACAACUCUCAAUAUGGUUACCCAGCUAAGCAGAAUGCUUGAUGCUGUCUUGGACAAAGAAAACCUUGAAUCUGAUGUCAUUGAGGCCCACUUCCUCCAGGCCCUGACAUGGUCACUUGGUGCUGGUCUUCUGGAAGAUGGCCGGGUGAAAUUUGAUGGCUUCAUCAAAUACCUGGCCUCAAUGACUUCGGUAACCGAUGAUGGCGUGGAUGCUAAAUCCGGGGAGAUACCAGCCCAAUUGGAUACACUGUUUGAGUAUCACUUUGAUGGUGAAAAGAAAGUGUGGAUUCCAUGGAGUCGUUUGGUACCAAAGUACAUCCACGACCCAGACAGGCGAUUUAAUGAGAUCCUGGUGCCGACGGUGGAUACAGUCCGCAGUACCUGGCUUCUGGAGAUGAUGACCAAGAUCAAACAUCCAGUUGUGUUUGUAGGAGAUACUGGAACAUCUAAGACUGCUACCAUCCAAGACUUCUUAAGGAACAUGGACCAAGAUGCACAUCUCAUUCUGAACAUCAACUUCUCCUCAAGAACCACUUCCAUGGACUUGCAGAGAAACCUUGAAGCCAACGUUGAGAAACGUACCAAAGACACCUACGGGCCGCCACCAGGCAAACACUUGCUGGUCUUCAUGGAUGAUAUGAAUAUGCCUCAGGUGGAUGAGUACGGUACCCAGCAGCCCAUUGCCCUAUUGAAGCUGCUGCUAGAGAAAGGUGGGAUGUACGACAGAGGCAAAGACCUCAUCAUGAAAUACAUUAGAGACAUUGGCUACAUUGCAUCCAUGGGAAAGGCUGGAGGUGGGCGUAACGAAGUGGAUCCCCGCUUCAUCUCGCUCUUUAGCGUAUUCAACAUCACUUUCCCAUCUGACGAUUCCCUCAAGAACAUCUACUGCUCUAUCUUGGCAGGCCAUCUUCAGUCAUUUGAUGAAUCCAUCCAGUCCAUAGCGCCAAAGAUCACACAGGCCACACUGGAUCUCUACAAGCAGGUCAUCGUAGAUUUGCCACCAACGCCCUCCAAGUUCCACUACAUCUUCAACCUGCGUGACCUCUCCCGUGUAUGCCAGGGCUUGCUGCUGACAACACCCGAUCGGUUUUCAACACCGGCAUCUUUUGUGCGUGUAUGGCGCAACGAAUGCUUGCGAGUAUUCUAUGACAGGCUUAUCAAUGACCAGGAUAAGACACAUGUUGCAGCUCUCACCAAGAACCUUGUGGAUGAGCACUUCAGGGAGUAUGCUGAGCAUGCUAUGACGGAACCAUUACUGUUUGGUGACUACAGAACCGCUCUUGAUAUAGCAGAGCCUAGGCUGUAUGAGGACAUACAGGACUACGAUGCUGCCAAGGCUCUCUUCCAGGAGAUUCUCGAAGAAUAUAAUGAUAGUCAUACACCCAUGAAUCUAGUUCUCUUUGAGGAUGCUCUCGACCAUUUGACCAGAAUUCACCGUGUCAUCAGAAUGGACCAAGGUCAUGCUCUCUUAGUUGGAGUUGGUGGUAGUGGCAAGCAGUCCUUAACCAAGUUGGCAGCAUUUACGGCUGGUUGUGAGGUAUUUGAAAUUACUCUUAGUAGAGGCUAUGACGAAAACAAUUUCAGGGACGAUCUCAAAGUACUGUACAACAAACUGGGUAUUGAAAAGAAGAAGACCGUUUUCCUCUUCACAGAUCAACAUGUAGCGCAAGAAGGAUUCCUUGAGUUAAUAAACAAUAUGUUGACAUCGGGAAUGGUUCCUGCACUCUUCCCAGAUGAUGAGAAGGAAGCCAUUAUUGGCCAGAUGAGGGAUGAGGCUAAGAAAGCUGGCAUUGGCCCAGCCCGUGAAGCAAUUUGGCAGUACUUCAUUUCACAGUGUACCAACAACCUGCACAUUGUGCUGGCCAUGUCUCCAGUUGGCGAUGUCCUUCGCACACGUUGCCGUAACUUCCCUGGCCUCGUCAACAACUGCUCCAUCGACUGGUUCAUGCCUUGGCCUGAGCAGGCCCUGCUGGCUGUGGCUUCGGUGUUCUUAGGCAAUGAUGAUGUUAAGAACAUUCCAGAUGAUCAUCGGGACAACAUUGUGAAGCAUGUUGUGUUUGUGCACAUGUCUGUUGGAGACGCCAGUGUGAAAUUCUUGCAGAAGCUACGAAGAAGUAAUUACGUCACACCAAAGAACUACUUGGAUUUCAUCAACACUUACCUCAGACUCUUAGAUGAGAAGAAUGAGUAUAUCUUAGCGCAGUGUAAUCGUCUUGGUGGUGGAAUGGCCAAGCUGGCCGAGGCCAGUGAACAGCUAAAUGAACUGAAUGAGAAGCUGGCCAUCCAGAAGGUUGCCGUUACAGAAAAGACUGAGGCUUGUGAGAAGCUGCUGGAAGUUAUCUCAUCACGCACAUCACAGGCAACUGAGAAGAAACAGGCAGCUAUUGCCAAAAGUAAAGAGAUUGAAGAACAAUCAAAAGUUAUUUCAGUUGAAAAGAAAGAUGCUGAGGAUUCGCUAGCAGAAGCCUUGCCGGCUUUGGAAGCUGCCCGAGAUGCCCUGUCAGACCUUGACAAAUCAGAUGUUACUGAAAUCAGAGCAUUUGCUAAACCGCCUAAGCAGGUACAAGUCGUUUGUGAAUGUAUUGUUGUUCUGCGUGGCAUCCGAGAAGUCUCUUGGAAGUCUGCCAAAGGAAUGAUGUCAGAAGCUAACUUUCUGAAGUCACUGACAGAGAUGGAUGUUGAUGGUAUUACUCAGACACAGACAAAGACUGUGAGAAAUUUCCUGAAAGAAAUGGACACAUCCCUGGAUGAGAUGAACAAGAUCUCAAAAGCAGGAGCUGGGCUGUUCAAGUUUGUCACCGCUGUCAUGGGUUAUUGCGCCGUGGCCAAGGAGAUCAAACCCAAAAGAGAAAAGGUUGCACGUCUUGAAAAGGUAUUUCAUCAGGCCAAGCGUGAUCUGGACCGCAUCAAUAAGGAGGUAGGUACAUUAGAAGAAGAGCUUGCAGCUCUAGGCCGGCAAUAUGAAGAGGCUAUGAGGGAGAAGCAGGAGCUGCAAGAGGAGGCCGAGAUCAUGGAGAGGCGACUCAUUGCUGCUGAUAAGCUCAUCUCUGGCUUGGGCUCAGAAAAUGUCAGAUGGACAAAGGAUCUCGAAGAAUUGAAGCUUCGUAGAGUACGCUUGCUCGGUGACUGUCUCAUCUCGUCCGCUUUCCUGAGCUACGUUGGAGCCUUUACAUGGGACUUCCGUAAUCGACUAAUCUAUGUUGAAUGGCUCAAUGACAUGAAAGAGCGUGGAAUACCGCUUAGCGAUCCAUUCCGUGUAGAAUCAUUGCUAACAGAUGAUGUUGAAAUCAGCAAAUGGGGCUCUGAAGGACUUCCUCCAGAUGAGCUCUCCAUUCAGAAUGGUAUCCUAACAACGAGAGCAAGUCGUUUCCCACUCUGUAUUGACCCACAGCAACAAGCUCUUAACUGGAUCAAGAAGAAAGAAGAACCUAAUAAUCUUAAGGUGUGCACGUUCAAUGACCCUGACUUCUUGAAGCAGCUUGAGCUUGCUAUCAAAUAUGGCUUCCCAUUUCUCUUCCAAGAUGUGGACGAGUACAUUGAUCCAGUCAUUGAUAAUGUCUUGGAGAAGAACAUUAAAGGACAAGCAGGACGCGAGUUUAUCAUGCUUGGUGACAAGGAGGUUGACUAUGAUCCUAAUUUUCGUCUUUACUUGAAUACCAAGUUGUCCAACCCAAAGUACACACCUGCAGUGUUUGGUAAGGCAAUGGUCAUCAAUUAUACUGUCACACUUAAGGGCUUGGAAGACCAACUUCUGAGCGUCAUCGUUGGCUUUGAACGCAAGGAACUGGAAGAGCAACGCGAGCGUCUAAUUCAGGAAACAAGUGACAACAAACGUCUCCUGAAAGAUCUUGAGGACUCUCUAUUGCGUGAGUUGGCCACAUCUACAGGCAACAUGCUUGACAACACUGAGUUAGUUCAGACACUUGAAGAAACAAAGUCAAAGGCAACAGAGGUUUCUGAGAAAUUGAAGCUGGCAGCCAAGACAGCAGUGGACAUCGACAAGACACGUGAUGGUUAUCGUCCUGCAGCUAAGCGUGGUGCCAUCCUGUUCUUCGUCCUCUCAGAGAUGGCUCUCAUCAACAACAUGUACCAGUACUCGUUAAGCUCAUUUUUGGAUGUGUUCACACACUCCCUGAGGAAGAGCUUGCCCGACUCCAUCUUGCUGAAGCGCUUGGCAAAUAUCAAGGAUGCGCUGACGCAUAAUGUUUACAACUACGCAUGUACAGGUUUAUUUGAGAAGCACAAGUUGCUGUUUUCCUUCCAAAUGACCAUUAAGCUGGAGCAGAGUGAGGGACUUCUCCCUCAAGAGGAACUAGACUUCUUCAUUAAAGGCAACCUGUCACUGGAAAAGAACAAGAGGAAGUGUCCUAAUAAAUGGAUGCCAGAGCAAGGUUGGGAGGAUGUCAUGCAGCUGCACCAGAUAUCCGACGUCUUCAACACCCUCCCUGACGAUCUGGAUAGAAUUGAUGCAGAGUGGAAGAAGUGGUAUGACCUGGAUGCGCCGGAACAAGCCCCAUUUCCAGGAAAAUACAAGGACACACUCAAUGAGUUUCAGAGACUACUUCUCCUUCGUUGUUUCCGGGUGGAUCGUGUUUACCGUGCUAUAACCGAUUAUGUCACCUCUCGUAUGGGCGAGAAGUAUGUCACUCCUCCUGUUAUCAGCUACGAUGCCAUCUGGGACCAGAGCACACCAUUCUCGCCAAUCGUUUUUAUCCUGAGCCCAGGCUCGGAUCCAGCUAGUGAUUUGACUAAGUUGGCUGAGAGGUCUGGUUUUGGUGGAAACAAACUCAAGUUCUUGUCAAUGGGUCAGGGACAAGAGAAGGUGGCCUUACAAUUGCUAGAGACAGCUAUUGCACGUGGUCAGUGGCUCAUGCUACAGAACUGUCACCUGCUUGCAAAAUGGCUUCGUGAUCUUGAAAAAUCUUUAGAGCGGAUCACCAAACCACAUCCUGACUUCCGACUAUGGUUGACAACAGACCCUACUCCAGCUUUUCCCAUUGGCAUCCUUCAACGGUCUCUCAAGGUUGUAACAGAACCACCAAACGGUCUGAAGCUAAAUCUCAGAAGCACCUAUCAUAAGAUCUCUGCCAAUGCCUUGGAUGACUGCCCUCACCCAUCGUUCAAACCACUGAUCUUUGUGCUGGCCUUCUUCCACGCUGUAGUUCAGGAGAGAAGGAAGUAUGGUAAGAUUGGAUGGAAUGUUCCAUACGAUUUCAACGAAUCUGACUUUCGUGUCUGUCAUGAGAUACUGAAUACGUACCUGACAAAAGCUUUCGAGCAAGGUGACACCAAGAUACCAUGGAACAGUCUUAAAUACUUGAUUGGAGAGGUGAUGUACGGGGGUCGUGCCAUUGACAACUUUGAUAGGAGGAUUCUAAACACGUACAUGGAUGAGUAUAUGGGUGACUUCAUCUUUGACACAUUCCAACCCUUCCACUUCUACUACAAUGAUGAUGUUGAUUAUCACAUUCCAGAACUUGGACCAAAGGACAAUUAUACUCAGGCAAUUGAGGAGCUCCCAUUGGCUAAUACUCCAGAGGUAUUCGGUUUGCACCCCAACGCUGAGAUUAAUUACUACACUAAUGCAGCAAGAGACAUGUGGUCACAACUAGUGGAGUUGCAGCCUCAAACAGGCGAGUCUGGAACUGGUAUCAGUCGUGAUGAUUUCAUCGCUGGUAUCGCUUCGGACAUCCAAAACAAACUCCCCCAGCAGUUUGACUUGGAUAAACUACGCAAGAGGUAUGGCGUGGAUGUGUCCCCAACAACAGUGGUGCUGCUACAAGAGUUGGAACGCUUCAACAGACUAAUUCUGCGAAUGUCAAAAUCUCUUGCUGAACUACAAAGAGCAUUAAAAGGUGAAGUGGGCAUGAGUACUGUCCUGGACAACGUGUCAAGGUCCCUAUACAACGGCCAGAUUCCAAACAUAUGGAGACAACUUGCACCAGAUACACUCAAGUCACUUGGUAACUGGAUGGUCCACUUCCAGAGGCGAUUUGCACAGUACACCACAUGGGUGAAUGAGAGUGAGCCUCCAGUAAUGUGGUUGAGUGGACUUCAUAUCCCUGAAUCCUAUUUAACUGCUUUAGUGCAAGCUACCUGUCGCAAGAAUGGUUGGCCUCUGGACAGGUCUACACUCUACACCAAUGUCACUCAGUAUAUGACCCCUGAUGAGGUCAGCGAGCGUGCUCAUUCCGGAUGCUUCGUAUCAGGGCUUUAUCUAGAGGGCGCUGCCUGGAACCGCGAGGAUAGUUGCUUAAAAAGACCUCAUCCGAAGCAGCUAAUUGAAGAGCUUCCUAUUCUAAAGGUUAUUCCAAUUGAAGCUCAUAGACUGAAACUACAGAAUACAUUCAGAACGCCAGUAUACACAACUUCACAGCGCCGUAACGCAAUGGGUGUCGGCCUUGUGUUUGAAGCAGAUCUUGCUACCACCGAACACGUAUCACAUUGGGUACUACAAGGUGUUUGCCUGGUCCUCAACACCGAUUAAAAUUCACUGUCACAAACACAUCAGGAAACAUCUUCACAAAAUCCCACAUAUGGUAUCUGCUCAAGUAGAAAAUAUGUUACUCCAGAUUUUACAAUUGAUUUAAAUGUUGUGAAGUUAAUCUUGCGUUGGGUUUUUGGCUGACAUAAUUGUUGUCUUGCUUUAUCAGUUCAUAUCAAGAAUGUUGCUGUGUGGUAUAAUUUUCAUUGAUCUAUUGCUGCUGCGCUGUCAAAUUAUAUUGUGUCAAAAUAUUAUUAUUAUUAUUAUUAUUAUUAUUGUUGUUGUUUUAUUAUUAUUACAAUUAUUACUACAUUAGUACAGUAUUACUUACAUAUGUACAUUUAUAUAUGUUAAUUUAUGUUUUAUAUUACAAUGUGUAUAUAUACAAAAUUUUUUAUUUUUUUUUUAUUUUUAAUAAAAAUAAUAUAAAAGGAUAAUACUGUACUAUCAAACUUAAAUAAGUUGGACUUAAAAUAAAUUGCUGUAGAAUUGUAAAAAUGUAUAUAAAAUGUUAGAAUAAAUUAAUGUUUCAAACAUUUGGUAAUAAUAAUGUUUAUAAUACAGUAUAUCAAUGAUAUUUGUGAAAGGCAUUAUUAAUAUUGUUAAUAAUAUUAUUUCUCUAUUAUACAUAGUUAAUAUUAUAAGCUUAUUCAUUAAAAUGUA